AUGGGGCGUUAUAACAUUGUAGUUGAGGAUGACGAGGAUGUUGUUUGGGAGGAAGAUGAGAUGGGUAAGGUGACUCAUAUUCUCUUGGAUCUGUCCCUCGUUCUUUGUCAGUUCCUUCUGAGUCUCGUGGACAGUCUCUUGCUUCGUCUGCUUUCAAAAGAAAGCAAAGCUCUUCUCUUAGACUAUCUUGGGAUUGACACAGAACUUCCCUCUCUGGAACCAUCUGGGUUACGCUCUGCUUACCAGAAGUUCAAGGCCAUCACAAAUGCUACCCCUAAGGUGAUGGCCUUGGGCAAGGAUGCUGAGUGGAAGGCACAGUUUAAUGAUGCAGCUAUCUGGGUUCCCAGCAUCACCACCUUCAUUGAUAUUUUCAUCGCCAAGUCACAGUUCUACCAAACUUGGAAGCCAUUGUUUUUACGAUCACAGGAGUAUCCAGAUAUGCGAGAUUGGCUUGAUGACUUGGAAGAUUGCCUCUGUACUGAGGAUUUGUGGGGGAUUAAGACCAGUCGAUCUCUGACCUUUCCUGACUUGAAGAAGUGGCUUGAGGAUAAAGAUUGGGAGGGAGAGCUGAAGAGACGUGAUCCCAAGGGGAAGAGGAAAGCCUCAGACAGUCCAAAGAAGAAGAAUCGUGAUAAAGAUCGACCACGGGUGCAGAGAAAGCACAAGAAGUUGAAAGAGGCAAGGGGUUCAGAUGAGGAAGAAGCUUCUGACAUAUUUAGUGAUGCAAUCCAGACAAUCUUUGGCUCUAAUAUUUCUUUGGCAACUGUUCUCACAAUCUCAUUCACACUAUUUGAGAAUCCUGAUUUAUUAAAUCUUCAUUUUCGUCAACAACAACGGAUUUGUGGUGAUGAAAACAAAGUGCAGAUUUCAGAAUGGAUAAUUGCAUUGAGCAAUGCACUGGUAAACAAACUUGGAAAGAAGAGGGUUGAAACUUUAUUCUCUGAAAAUGAACUUGCACAAGAGCCAGAUGAAAAGGCAAAAGUUGAUCUUCUUGCUGGAAAGCUUGACAAGCUGGCUGGCUGCUUGAAACUAUCAACAUUUGAUGAGAAGGGGGGUUAUAAAGGAAAAUUACUCCCUCUAUCACACAGCAAGAUAGAACCAGCUUAUGUCAUUUGCCCCCCUUCAUUUGCAUGUGAAACUCAGAGUUGUAGUCCAAGAUCAUUGCGUCAAUCUACCAAAAGUAGUGACAUACCAUUGGUUACUUUGAUCAAAGAGCAGAGAGUAUACCAAGAUGUCCCUGUGCUUACAGGAAAGUGUCCAAACUGUAAAACAUUAUACACAGCCGAUCAUGAAAGAUUUGAAGAUACAUCAAUUAUUCAAAAUACUUUGAAACGAGUCUAUCUUAACUCAGCCAAAUAUUUAAAAAUUGGCCAAUCAAUCUGGACUGAUCGUGGAUUUGCAAUGGCAGCUAUAAAUGCUAUGUAUAACUUUCAUGCUUCAGCAUCUGCUUUCUCAGAGUACUGGAAUAAUACAUAUGGAACAAAAGAAAUUUCAAUUUCACGAGCUCAUGUCUGGCAAGCAUUUGUUCAACAAUCUGUUUGCACAAUUGCUGAAGAAUCUGGAAUUGAUGCUGAAUUUGAUGAUGGAUUGAAUAUCAAAGAAGUUACUACUCAGGCAUUUUCACUCUUGGGGGAAGAUGGAGUCAUCAGAGCUUCAGAAGGACAUGCAUGUGAUGAAUGUACUCAAAAACGCAAAGAUACAAGUGAUGUGGUUUUCAAUAAUCCAGCAGCAGUUGUUGGUGUUGAUGCCACAGAUGAUGAUAUUCCUGCUUUGGCAGCAGCUCCUGAAGAAAUGGAAGUUGAUGCACCUCAGGUCACUUCAGAUAAUGAGAUGGAUACUGAUGAUAUCCCAAACAUAAAAAUGGUUGUUCUUGAUGGUAUAGUUAUGGGUCCUCAGCACUGUGCAUAUGAGAUUUGCACUAAUGACCUCUCUAACUCUCAUGGUGGAUCUCUAUGUGAUAUACAUCACAUAAUGCUUGCUACUCAAUGCUUGCACCAACCACAGUGGCAUAAACAUACAAAGAACAGCAAACACCACAACCAGGCUGGAGUUUGCCGGAUGUUACAACACCCUGGGGAGAAUAAUCCUUGGGAGCCCCAUCACAGAGGACCAAAUCCCCAACAACAUGAUGAACCAAAUGAAGAACCACAGCCACCUCCAAAUUACUUUCGUGCGGCUAGAUUCUACUGUGUUGAAACUAUUUGCGCACCUUGUGGUGUUGUUAUUGCAUGGGCCAAGUUUCCAAAUUCAGAAUCACCAACCAAUAUUUUGAACUUUCUAGCAAAGGUUUAUCCAACAGAAGAAUCAAGGCCUGAUUAUAUCUGUAUUGAUAAAGGUUGUCAAGUGCUUGCAACAACAGUAGCAAAUGGAAGUUGGGAGAUUUGGAAAAGGACUACUAGAUUUAUUGUGGAUGCCUAUCACUAUAUCAAUCAUCGAGUGGCAGACUUCCUAUGUCGGAAAUACUGUAAUCCUUCACCUGGAGAUGGAUCUGCUCCAAAUCUUGUAGUUAUGGCCUAUGAUAAGAAUGGACGACCAUAUUUGAAGCAAGCUUUCAAUACACAGGUUUGCGAACAACUCAAUGCAUGGCUUGGUGGUUAUCAAUCAAUUCUCAAAUGUAUGACACCAGGAAAUUUUAACUGGUUUUUACACACCAUGUUAUUCUAUCACACAAAUGUGCAAUCUUAUAAAGAGAAGUGUGCAGAAGUGUAUACUAGUGUAAAUCCUUCUGAUUGUCACAGAGUAGUGUUGAGUACUCAGGAGUGCUGGGACAGGAGUGCCAUGAGUGAUUAUGACCUUGAAGGCCAAUUCUUCCUUGCCAAAUAA